GUGGGGCGUGCGGAAGGUGGGGCGAGACGCGUCGAGGUCGCGUCGCGUCUGACCGCUUUGCGAGGAGCAUCGUGACAAAACGCACAACAAACACGACCAACUGCAGCCAUGGCCGACACGACAGAAGAUGUAGAGAUGGACAUGCCGGAAAUGGAGCUAGAGACGCCAGCCAACGGCGUCUUCAUUGCGCCGUCGAUUUACAAGAGCGACGUGCUCGCGGGCAAUUCAUACUCGCACUUUUCGCCCAUACCGCAGCAGAUCGCAGACGAUAUGUCGACCGAGUGCGUGCUGGGCGUUGACGAGGCCGGGCGAGGUCCCGUGUUAGGCCCCAUGGUAUAUGCGCUCUUCUACCUUCCACUGCCGCUCCACCACUCGCUCCUCGCCGAGACGCACCACUUCGACGACUCCAAGGUCCUCACGGCGCAAGUCCGCUCCAAUCUCAUGCGCACCCUCUGCACACCCGGCACAGACCUUCACGCCGCCGGCGGCUGGGCGACGCGCUCGCUGUCGGCGCGCGACAUCUCCGCCCACAUGCUCUCGCCAAACCAGUACAACCUCAACGCACAGGCCAUGGACGCGACUAUCGACCUCAUCAAAGGCGUGCUGGCGCGCGGCGUGAACGUCAAGGAGAUCUACAUCGACACCAUCGGCAAGCCUGAAGUCUACCAGAGGAAGCUCGAGCGCAUCUGGCCCACCAUCUCCAUCACCGUCGCAACCAAGGCAGACAGCCUGUACCCCUCCGUUAGUGCUGCCUCCGUCUGCGCCAAGGUCACAAGAGACGCCGCCCUCGACGUGUGCUACGAGCCGUACUGCACCCCUGCCGAGGCCGCUGCCCACGGCCAAAGCGGGAGCGAGGUCAAGGUCGCAUGGGGCUCGGGCUAUCCGGGCGACAUGCGAACAAGCGCGUGGCUAAAGGCCAACAUGGACCCUGUGUUUGGCUGGGGGAACGAGUGUCGAUUCAGCUGGGGCACCGUGAAGGAGCUGCUUGACGGGAGGAAAGCAGAGCUCAGCAUCGACUGGCCUGUCGAAGACGACGGAGACGACAUGCGCAUGACCGACUUUUUCACUAGCGGAGACAGGAAGGGCGAUGAGCUGGUGGACUGGUUCGGCCAGAGAGUCACGGUCGAGAUGGAGGCAUUCUGAGUGCCUGGCUCUCGCCAA